UGCUGAAAGAAGCCCUGGAGAGCAUGCCGCCCUAGGCCGUUCCGAGGAGCGAGUGCCAAGGGAGAGUUGCGAGAUCAUCCCGGCCUUAACACAUGCUUCUAUGUAUGUACAUAUGGCUUCUUUUUGCUGGGGAGGGAGGCCACCCUGCCAUGCAGCUGUCAAACGCACGCGAGCUUCACGCCAAGGGGCGCCAUCCCGUUCGCAGGGCGGCCCCAGCAACCUUCACCAGCACGCCAGCUCCUCAACACCACGCCAAAUCGGACAUGAUGCGGGGCAGCUCGAGUCCCGCCCGGCUCGUCCUGCGCUGGGCGCCUGUCUCUCUCGCGUGGCCAGCGGGCCUUGCUGCACGGAGCGCCUUUGCGCCCUGUGCAUGGUGGGCUCCAUCUGUUUCUCGUGCUCAGCGGCCGCCAUCAGCCCUCAAACACGCCCGCCGACGCCGUUCCGCGCUGCGACGGCCGCUCCGCCCUCAAAACACGAGGCGCCGCCGGGCACUACUGCCUCGCCCCGGGCCCUGGUGGAGGAGAGGAGAGCCGUCAUGGCCUGCUCCAACGACCUUGCUUCGUCGAGUCUUCACGUCGUUCCCCGACAGCGAGCGCGCCGGAACGUCCCGGUACUCGAAGGUUCUUACUUUGGUGCGUGAUGCACGCGGUGCAGAGUUCUGUAUGAAGCCCAUGGCGGGCACGGGCCGGGGCUCGAUGCGGAGACUCGGCCUCCAUACAGGCUCCCGCCGACGCCGCGUGCCUCUUCUGUACUGGCAUACAGCACUCCCGGACACCCUCCUGGCUGCUUCAAUCGUGUGCUCUCUCGAUGCAGCAACAGACGGUCCAUCUUCGUCGCCGUGGGAUGCGCCGGAGGCAUGAUGGUCGCAGUACAAUCUGGCAACACGACGCUGGUGUGACUGCUCUCGAAGCAGUCUCCGAUCCUGUCCCUGCUUGGGACCUCCAGUAAAGGUGGCGGGCACUCACCUGCCUUCCUCGACAUGAAUCGCGCGCGGCCGUCACAGGUAUAAGCAUAUCUAUAAUAGUCUGCAUUAUGACCCGGGCCUCGCUGCACCAGGCGCGCGCUCUGGCACGUCCGCCCUGCAGGUUCCCCACGAAUCGUCCGCAGGCCUUGUCAGGCCUGCGUUUCACCAACAUGCGGUCUGUCAAUCCCCUUGCCAGCCCCCCGAGAGCCUAGACGCAUGUCGCUACUAUUGGUACUUCGCAUUGGCCUGGGGUCUGCUCCUUUCCCUUGUAGCAAUAGCAGUUUGAAGGAGCCACACUUAAAGC